GACACGUGUAUUCAACAUGGCGGCGUUCCAUGGCUUAUCUCAAAUGGGAAAAAUUUCUCUAGUUAUAAUUGCGAUUUUUCUAUUUAACUUGAAUAUAGCUACAGCGUCCACUAUAAGAGGAGUGGCACUUACUAGGUUAGCAUUUUAUGAUCCAUCCAGGGACUUCACUUGCUUGGAUAAAUCUGCAACUGUUCCAUUUAAUAGUGUAAAUGAUGAUUUUUGUGACUGUGUUGAUGGCACUGAUGAACCAGGAACAUCAGCUUGCACUAAUGGAAAAUUCCACUGUACAAAUGCUGGGUUUAAGCCCUUAAAUAUUCCAUCUUCCAGAGUCAAUGAUGAAAUUUGUGACUGUUGUGAUGGCAGCGAUGAAUAUGAUGGCACCGUAACCUGUCCAAAUACUUGCAAGGAACUUUAUAGAGAAUUGUUCCAGAAACAGCGAGAAGAAGCUGAACUGGCAAAGCAGGGGCUGGCUAUUAAACAAGACUACAGUCAGCAAGGUCAGGGAAAAAAAGAAGAAAGAAAGCAAAAGCUUGAAGAAUUGAAGAAACAGCUGGAGGAGAAGAAAGCUGUUGUUGAAAAUUUGAAAGCCAAAAAAGAGGAGGUUGAAGCAGUUGAAAAGGAAGCUAAGGAUAAACAUGAGAAGGACUGGGAAGAAACCAAAGCGAAAAUUGUGGCAGAAAGAGACAGGGCAUCUGCUGAGUCUUCAUUCAAAGCUCUGGAUACAGAUGAGGAUGGACGUGUGACAGCACAAGAGGUUAUUAAUACUGAUCUUCUGGAUAAAAAAUAUGGUGAAGAAGAGGCCAAGGAGCUGCUAGGAGGAUAUGAGGAAUCAGAUUUUGAAGGCUUUUUCUCUGCAUUGUGGAGCAAUUUCAAAGAAAAAUUUGGUGACAAGCAGUCCCAGCCACCACCUGCAGAUGAAUCAGUUACAACUGAGGGCGAAGAUAAACCCACGGAAGCAAGUGAUACACCCGAGUCUCCCCCUCUGCCUCCUCCAGCUGACGAAAAUUUUGAUGAUGAAGAUCUUCCAGACGUUCCUGGUGAAGAAGAUGAUGACGAAGACGACGAAGAUGAUGAUAGAGACGAACACGUGGACGAAAUCAAAGAGGAGGCCGAGAAGAAAAUACCUGAACCAAACCCAGAAGAUAGCAAAGAUGAUGAUUUGAAGAUGCCGGACUAUGACGAGGAAACAAAAGCAAAAAUUUCUGCUGCUGAUGAUGCUAGAAAGGAGUUUAAUGCUGCAGAUACCGCUUCAAAUGACGCAGAAAGAGAAAUCAGUGACCUUGAGCGAACGUUGAAUCUGAACCUUGGCCAGCAAGAAGAGUUUUCGCCCCUUCAGGGACAAUGUUUUGAAUACACCGACAGAGAGUAUGUGUACAAACUGUGUCCAUUUGACAGAGCUUCACAGCAGCCCAAAGAUGGAGGCUCAGAAACCUCUCUGGGAACAUGGGGUGAAUGGACAGGUGACUCCAAUAAGUACAGUCGUAUGAAAUAUUCAGGAGGACAGAGCUGUUGGAACGGACCUAGCAGAUCAGCUGAGGUAAUCCUUCGUUGUGGCUCAGCAAACGAGCUGGUUCAAGUAUCAGAGCCCAGCAGAUGUGAAUACCGCAUGGAAUUUAAAACUCCUGCAGCAUGUCAGGAUAUUGACCUAGAGGGCGCACAUGUACAUGAACAUGGCGGGGAACUGUAAUCUGAAAGGACAUAUUUGUACAGAAUUUUCUACUUGGAAAAAAAACAAAUAUUUGUUAUUAAUGAUACUGUAAAGUCUAAAACCUCUGAGUUUUUCAAAAUCGCCAAAACUCUAGUUCUUGCAGGACUUGAAGGGUGUAACCUGAUCAAAAACGGACUUCUCCCAGCUGGCAUUGAAAAAAUCAUAGAGACCCUAAGGAGAAAUUGUAUACUGGUGCUUGGAUCAUACAAACUCCAGAUUCUCCUAAAUGUUAUUAUAAGGAAUGUAUGGAUGAUUGUAAUGAGAUUAUAUAUGUUGAUAACAGGUCAUGAUCUUUCAAUACAAACAGAAAGAAUGACGUAAAUGUGAGAGAAUCGGCACACGAAUAACUCAUUAGUUAGGGGGUGAUGUUGUUAUUUGCACCAAAUCAGGAACUGUAACGAAAUCUGAAGCUAAAACGUCAGACUUCAACUGACGUACAGAUUUGCCUUGCGUUGCAUUUUUAAUUAAUAAAAGGAUUCACAUUGUUUUGA